CCCAAGACCCAUCACCUCUCCCUGUCUAGAUCAGAGGAACAUCGGAAACACCAGCCCAUCUGUCGUGUGUCCCUGCCAACAGAGUCUCCCUGCAGCUUGUUCUCUCCACCACCCCGAGACUACAGGAAACAUCCAGGGACAACGGUCACCACCACCGGUGAUUUAAGGUGUGUCCUCAAGAUGGGGACUAUCCCUCUGGCCCUAACCUUAACCCUGGUCUUGUUGGCUGUCCUGGGGUUCACUACACCCAGAGUCUGGAGCCUGAACCCAGACGAUCCUAACGUCUGCAGUCACUGGGAGAGUUAUGCUGUGACGGUCCAGGAGUCCUACGCCCACCCCUUUGACCAGGUGUACUACACCAGGUGUACUGACAUCCUCAACUGGUUCAAAUGUACCAGACACAGGAUCAGCUAUAAGACGGCUUACCGGCGGGGCGUCCGGACCAUGUACCGGCGCCGCUCACAGUGUUGCCCGGGUUACUUUGAGAGGGGAGACAUGUGUGUCCCUCUCUGCUCUGAGGAGUGUACUCAUGGAAGGUGUGUGUCUCCUGAUACGUGUCAGUGUGAGCCAGGCUGGGGAGGACUGGACUGCUCCAGUGGUUGUCAGAGUGACUUCUGGGGCCCCCACUGCAGUAACCGGUGCCAGUGUCAAAACGAGGGCAAGUGUAACCCCAUCACGGGGGCGUGUGUGUGUACAGAUGGGUACCAGGGCUGGCGCUGCGAAGAGCCCUGUGAACCUGGGUACUAUGGCAAGGCCUGCCAUCUCAUCUGCCAGUGUCUCAACGGAGCCACCUGCCAUCAUCAGACUGGAGACUGCAUCUGUUCUCUGGGAUACUCUGGAGCCUUCUGUGGUGAGCGGUGUCCCAGUGGUAGUCAUGGACAACGGUGUGAUCAGAGCUGUUCCUGUCAGAACGGAGGAUCCUGUCAUCACGUCAGUGGAGAGUGUUCCUGUCCCGCUGGAUGGACGGGCUCAGUGUGUGCCCAGCCGUGCCAAGUGGGCAAGUAUGGCAUCAACUGCAGCAAGGACUGCGCCUGCCUUAACGGUGGACUGUGUGACCAUGUCGCUGGUCAGUGCCAGUGUACCCCAGGUUACAGUGGACGGAGAUGCCAGGAGGAGUGUCCGGUGGGCUGGUACGGUCCUCAGUGCAGCCUGCGUUGUGACUGUCAGAACGGUGCUAAGUGUUACCAUAUCAACGGAGCGUGUCUCUGUGACACGGGCUUUAAAGGACCUCACUGUCAGGAGAGGUUCUGUCCUCCAGGCCUGUACGGACUCAUCUGUGACAAGUACUGUCCCUGUAACGCCUCCAACACUGUCGGCUGUCACCCCCUGUCAGGUGAGUGCAGCUGUACAGCAGGAUGGGCGGGGCUCUACUGCAACGAGACCUGUCCACCUGGUUACCACGGCGAUGGAUGCAGGUUGCCAUGCAGCUGUUCCCACGGGGCUGACUGUCACGGAGUCACUGGGGCCUGCGUCUGUGCCCCUGGUUACAUGGGAGAUGACUGCUCUUCUCUAUGUCCUCCGGGGCUAUACGGUCCUAGUUGCUCCUCUACCUGCUCCUGUCAUAACCACGCCCCCUGCUCCCCCAUCGAUGGAUCCUGUAGCUGCAGAGAAGGUUGGCAGGGAGUGGACUGCUCUACUCUGUGCUCCAGUGGUAGCUGGGGUCUGGGCUGUAAUCAGAGCUGUCUAUGUGCCAACGGCGCAGCCUGUGACCCCAUGGAUGGUGUCUGUACCUGCUCCCCAGGCUGGAGAGGGGAGCACUGCCUCCUACCCUGUCCUGAUGGAAUGUACGGUCUGGAGUGUCGUGGGCGUUGUGACUGUAGUCAUGGCGAUGGCUGUGACCACGUCACCGGCUUCUGUCGCUGCCUCGCUGGAUGGACAGGUAUCCGGUGUGACAGUGUGUGUCCUCAUGGGUUGUGGGGUCCAAACUGCUCCGUCACCUGCUCCUGUCAGAAUAGAGGAUCCUGCUCACCUGAGGACGGUACCUGUGUCUGUUCCCCGGGUUACAGAGGGACCUCCUGCAAGAGAGUCUGUUCUCCUGGGUUCUAUGGGCACCGCUGUAGCCAGUCAUGUCCACAGUGUGUCCACAGCUCUGGAUCGUGCCAUCAUGUGACUGGUCACUGUGACUGUCUGUCCGGUUUCUAUGGCUCCCUGUGCAACCAAGUGUGUUUCAGUGGAAGUUACGGUAAGGGCUGUUCUGAGAUCUGCUUGUGCACCAACAACGGGACCUGUAACCCCAUCGAUGGAUCCUGUCAGUGUUUCCCUGGUUGGAUAGGAGAAGACUGCUCUCACAGUUGUCCAUUAGGGUUCUAUGGUAGAGACUGUACUGAGGUGUGUCGCUGUCAGAAUGGCGGAAACUGUGAUCACAUGACAGGACAGUGUGCCUGUCUCACCGGCUUCAUUGGGACCAGCUGUGGACAGAAGUGUCCCCCUGGUACGUUUGGUUACGGCUGCCAGCAGCUGUGUGACUGUAUGAACAAUGCCACCUGUGACUACGUGACUGGAACCUGCUACUGCAGCCUCGGAUACAAAGGCAUCCGCUGUGACCAAGCUGCUCUGAUGAUGGAGGAGUUGAACCCUUACACUAAGAUCAGUCCAGCGCGGGGAGGUUCAGAGCACCAGUCAGCUGGGGCUGUGAUGGGCAUCAUCUUCCUCCUCCUCCUCAUCAUGAUGGCUAUGCUCAGCCUGUUUGUCUGGUUCCGACAGAGACAGAAGGACAAGGGACACCACAUGCAGCCUAGUGUGGCAUAUACACCUGGCCUGAGGAUAACACACACCGACUAUUCUGAGUGUGGCAGCACGGUAGCCAUGCGUCCCUCCACCCUGGAUGUGUCCCAGACUCUAACCCAGAGUGGUAGCAGCCUAUCAGGAAGCUGUAUCUCCAACCCCUCCUAUCACACCGUGUCUGUACCUCAGUAUAGCCUGGCCUCAACUAUCACCACCAACCUGGAUAGCACGUUCACUGUCGCGUCCAACUCCCUGAAAGGAGUCAGGAAUGGAUCAGAGUGGAGAGCCUACUGCAACCUCAACCACCUGGAGCCAACUGUUAGUGUUCUACAGGGACUUAAUGGAAUGGCCACCGGUUUCUCCCAGAAUCCCUAUGACCUUCCCCGGAGCAGCCACCUACCCAGCGGCCUCAACCUCAUCCCCCGCCACUAUGACAUCCUGCCCAUGAGCCACAGCCUCACAGACACCCGGCCCCCUCCCCCAGAGAGCCCCAGCUCCCUGCUCUAGAGGAAAAUAAAUACCCUGGUCCCUCC